AUGGCGCAAGUUAGCCAGCUUCCCUGCGACGGAGACGGCGUCUGCAUGCUCUGCAAGGUGACUCCGACCGACGCCGAGAAGCUCACCUGCAAGACCUGCGUGACCCCCUGGCACGCUGCCUGUCUCUUGGCCAAGCCCGAGUCCCUGGCCGCCACUCUCCUGUGGGAGUGCCCCGACUGCACAUCAAUCUCCGGCGACGCUCCGGCGCACGUCCCCGCCUUGAACGCCGGCGUGGACGGCGGUCUGGUGGCGGCGAUCCGGGAGAUCGAGAACGACGCGACCCUGACGGAGCAGGAGAAGGCGAGGAGGAGGCAGGAGCUGAUGAGCGGGAAGGCGACGGUGGAGGAGGAGAAGAAGGGGGCGAAGGACGUCUUGGAUGUGCUCGGUGGGAUUUUCAACUGCGUCUUCUGUAUGCAGUUACCGGAUAGGCCUGUUACGACACCAUGUGGACACAAUUUCUGCCUGAAGUGCUUCCAGAAAUGGGUUGGACAAGGGAAGCGUAUUUGUGGAAAAUGCCGUGGUGAAAUCCCUCCCAAGAUGGCAAGUAACCCCCGAAUCAACUCUUCACUUGUAUCUUGCAUACGUACGGCUAAGUUGUCAAAAGCAAAUGCAAACGGGGGGCCUGCUCGGGUUUAUCAUUAUGUACAAAAUCAAGACAGGCCGGACAAGGCGUUCACUACAGAACGUGCACAGAAGACUGGAAAAGCUAAUGCUUCAAGUGGCAAGAUAUUUGUCACGAUUCCAGGAGAUCACUUUGGACCCAUUCCUGCUGAAAAUGAUCCAGAGAGAAAUCAAGGUGUUCUGGUUGGUGAGUGCUGGGAGGAUAGGCUUGAAUGUAGACAAUGGGGUGCACAUUUUCCCCAUGUUGCUGGUAUAGCUGGGCAGUCUGAUCAUGGUGCACAGUCAGUUGUGCUUUCAGGAGGCUACCUUGAUGAUGAGGAUCACGGAGAGUGGUUCUUAUAUACUGGAAGUGGUGGAAGGGAUUUGAGCGGUAAUAAGCGAACAAACAAGCAACAGUCUUUUGACCAGACAUUUGACAAAUAUAACAAGGCUCUCCGACUCAGUUGCCUGAAAGGUUAUCCUGUGCGGGUGGUAAGGUCUCACAAGGAGAAGCGUUCCUCGUAUGCCCCUGCUGAUAAAGGUGUUCGGUAUGAUGGAUGCUACAGAAUAGAAAAAUGUUGGCUUAAGGUUGGAGUCCAGGGGUUCAAAGUCUGCCGGUAUCUUUUUGUCAGAUGUGAUAAUGAACCAGCGCCAUGGACGAGUGAUGAGCAUGGGGAUCGACCUAGACCUUUACCUGAUAUUCCUGAGCUGAAGGCAGCAAAAGAUAUAACAGUGAGGAAAGAAAGCCCAUCUUGGGACUUUGAUGAAAAAGAUGGUCGCUGGACAUGGAUGAAGCAACCACCUCCCAGCAAAAAACCUAUUCUAGCAUUCUGUCCUGAAGCUCAAAGGAAGACAACGAAAGCAAUCAAGAAAGCACAAAAAAUGACUGUACGACAGAAGCUCUUGAAAGAAUUCAGCUGCCAAAUUUGUCGGGAGGUGAUGACUGCACCAGUAACCACACCUUGUGUUCAUCACUUUUGCAAGUCGUGCUUAGAAGGUGCUUUUGUUGGCAAGAGUUUUGUGACAGAAAGAAGCAGAGGUGGACGGUCACUCCGAGCCCAAAAGAAUGUGAUGAAAUGCCCUGCCUGCCCGAUGGAUAUCUCUGAUUUUCUGAAGAAUCCUCAGGUGAAUACAGAGAUAAAGGAUAUGAUCGAGUCACUAAAAGCUCAGAAUGAAAAGGAAGAGAAGGUGGAUCCAACUGAGGAGUCAAGUGAUGAAGAGGAUGAGGAUCCAAAUGAGGUGUUAAGUGAAGAUGAUUUUGACAAUGAAGCUGCUGAUCAUGUGUCUGAUGAAGCAGGAGUGAAUGGCAACGGGCAGACUUCACGAACAAAGUUGCCCACAAGGAGUCCCAAACGUCUGAAGGUUGAUGCUGGUAAUUCCUCAUCAAAGACUGAUGAUGAUGGGGAGGCAAAGGAAAUUUUUGGUGCCCUGACUGAUGGUUUGAAGGGAGAUCCUAAAGAGAGCAAAUCUGAUGCUCCUGUUGCAAAGCAUGGGAGGAAACCUGCUGCUCAGGGCGGUGCUGGAGCAAAGACCCGAGGAAGAAAGGGGACUAAGGGGGAAGCACCGGGUGAUGAAGAAGGAAAAUCUUCACCAUCAAGUUCUCUACAGGUGCAAUCUGAUGAGGAUCCAAAAGAGAGCGAGAAGCCAGCUGCAAAGUAUGGGAGGAAGCCUGCCAGUCAAGAUGGUACUGGAGCGAAGACCAGAGGAAGAAAGAAGGCUCAGGAGAAAGAAGCAUCGGGAAAUGAAGAAGGAAAUGGCUCACAGUCAAGUCCUCAGCAGGUGCAAUCUGUUGAGGAUCCAAAAGAGAACAAAAAGCCAGCUGCAAAGCGUGGGAGGAAGGCUGCUGGUGAGGGUGGUGCUGGAGCAAAGAAGGCUCAGGAGGAAGAAGCAAUGGAUGUUGAUGAUGGAAAUGUUUCACCAUCAAGCCCUCUGCAUGUGAAAGCCGAUGAUUUGGAGUGAUCGGUUGACUUGUGCUGCAAGUAAUGUUGAACUUCUAAGUGGUAUUUUGGUGAUGGUUCUUCUUGGGAGAAGUGGGAUAGUUACAGCAGCAUACAAACUUAUAUUUUGGAAGUGCUUAAGUGUCUAUAGACAGGCUGCUUUGCAUUUGCUUUUAGUUUGAUGAACUUAUCGGGCAAUGCUUGCCCAUAGUUGGUUCCAUCCUGUCCCAAUGUAGGUAACUUUGGUGGUUAUCAAGUUCUUUGGCUACAUUUUUUUAGCCUCA